GUCGCUCGGAGCAGUCGGUGCGGACACAAUUGAUGAUAGAGGUGAUACAAACGUCGCGGCCACUUUUGUUCGAGGAAUCCAUCUCUCGUCUGACCGUUAUCGAUCAACGUGAGAGGAAACGUCUGUUGUGUGCCUCCCCGAAGAAUUUCCACGACGUUCACGUUCGUACGUGUCAUGGAAUAUCGAGAAACGGGAUCUGUUGCUAGGCUGGCCUUGUGACUCAUCGCGCGAUCGACCCACUUGUCACCCCGUGUUGACAAGUGCGUGUACACGGGCGCCAGGAGUGGAAUUACACGCGAGACAACACGAACAGUGACGCCUCAUUGUUGCCUUUGACACGAGUGUUUUGCGUCUCUCAACUUCAUCGCGGAGGAACACUGACGAACGAUUGUUACUCUUGCAUCAAUUGCAAAUAACGCUGACAGCUCAAAGAUGGAUGCCGGAUUCUCAUCAUACCACAACGGUGGUCCUGCGCGGGAACAAGAUUUUGGCAGGUUGUCUCAGUCGAUUGGUACCUCAAUAUUGAAGAUAUCACAAAAUGUGUCUUCCAUGCAGAAAAUGGUCAAUCAGCUGGGCAGUUCUACUGAUUCUCAGGAACUCAGGAAUCAGCUGCAUCAGAUACAGCACUAUACACAGCAGCUGGCAAAGGACACCAGUGUUCAUCUUCGAGAUUUGGCUAUAUUAGCAAAUAACUCUGGUUCUACAAGCCCAGGAGAACAGAGGCAGCGAAAAAUGCAGAGGGAACGCCUUCAAGAUGAAUUUACCACCGCAUUGAAUUCUUUUCAAGCUGUACAAAGGCUAGCUGCCUCUAAGGAGAAAGAAAUGGUCAGGAAGGCUAAGGCCAGUGCAGGUAUUCCGCCGUUCGGAGAAAAGAAACAGGACGCAACGCUUAUUGAGUUGCAAGACAGCAGAACGUAUGGAAGCGAUAGUGCAAAGCAGAUGCAGGAUCAGAUGCAGGAACAAUUGAAUCUACGAAUGCUGGAGGAACAGGAAGCUAGUAUAAGGCAGUUGGAGAGUAAUAUUAGCGACAUCAACCAGAUAUUCAAAGAUCUUGGAGCUUUAGUGUACGACCAAGGAGAAGUGAUUGAUUCCAUAGAAGCGUCGGUCGAGAGAACAGAGGUUUCAGUCACCGAAGGUGCUUCUCAAGUAAGGCAAGCGAGUAUGUAUCAGACCAAGCUACGCAAAAAGAAGUGUAUUCUCAUCGUGAUCGCGAUAGUUGUAUUGUCGAUUUUGAUUGGCAUUAUAGUUUGGCAAAGCAACUAAAAAGAAAAAAAAAUAUGCACAUAUUUAUGACAAUGUACAGCAUGGUGGUAUAUGUAGCACUAAAAGACUGCUGUCUGUAAACUAUUACAGAAUCGCCGGUCGAUAAAAGUUUUUAGUGAAUUUCUGUCCAAUUCUAAUUAUUUUAAAACCACGCAAGAACGUAGCAUUGUUAUAGAGAUGCAAGAAAGUGAAGAAACACAUCUUGCGAAAUUAAUCCAUCUAAUUGUGAUAAUCUUAGGUGCGAGCUCUGAUUUGCGAAAGCAUUUUAAUGGCAUGUCUAAGAUUGCCGCAGUCCAUUUGUACGUUUCAAUACUCAUAAACUAUCAGUGUACGAUGAUCAACUAUAAUAUAAUAUAUAUACACGCGUGUAUGACAAUUAGGUAACUUACUGCUAUACGUAACAAAGCUAAUUAUGUAUGCGUGCGUAUUUGUAUGUUUGUGCGGAAUGCUUGUACAUGGUAAAAUAAGUAAUGAAGUAUGCUUGUUCUCUGCAAUGCAACUUUAUGUGCCUGUAAAAUAUCUUAAGAACUAUUCCUAACAGAAAGUUCAAGGCGAAUGUCUGAAAGAAUAGUAGAGUACUUUAAAAACACGUCAACAUUACAAAAAUUCAUAUUAAAUUGUAUGUAUUAAUUUAGUUUAGGUACGUUGAUUUUUGUUUUAAACAAAAUAUAAUAAACAAUAUGUAUAUAUAAAAAA